UCGGCUGUGUUAUCAAAGCAGAUUAUGAAGCAGUCUUCAUCUGUGGCAGUCUCAUCUGGUCGUCUCCAUGGCAAAACACAAGCUGUUUUUGUUUUUUACGUUAUUAUUUUUUCUUUUUCUGCAGCUUUCAUCGUCCUAUGAUCAAGUGCCUGCUAUAGUGGAGAACAGCUCGGAUGACCCCCCAUACCAAGCCAUCAGUGUUCAAAAUGAAGCAGUGGCCCUUCAGAGCCACAGUGCCUCAGAAGCGGGGAGAUAUCUGCCAGUGGCUGAAAACCCACUCAGAAGAAUACUGCAGCCUUAUGGAUGGCAGCUGCACUCCCCUCCCAGGACGAAGCGGAAGUUGCUGCAGUCUUCCAGCUCUCUUCCAUACUCCCCUAUGAAUGUGGCUUACAAUGGCAAAACAUGUAUCCUAUUCAGGGCCAAAAAGCUGGCAAUCAGGUACAAGAACCACACCUUUGUGGAUCUCACAGAGAAGGCGUUUGGCCCCAACGCACCAGUGGACACCAAAGGCUCAGUUUGCAGCAAAGACAAAGCCACGCUCUCUCUACGGUUUGGGGAUGUGGAAGAUCUGAGGGGACUCACAAUCAGGCUACAAAUGUCGAACACAUUUUAUGAGUCAGCAGGCCAAAACUGGUUCACCCUGGACAGUGUUCACAUCCACUACAACUGGACACAUGAGGCUACUUUCAAUGCCACAGACGUAUACGCCCCUGCUACCUACUCUUACCACUGCCAGCACGUCAGCAGCCUUCAGAAAUAUGACACCCUGCUGGUACCCAGUUCCCACAGUGACAGUUCUGCAAACUGGCACAUCACAUUCACAGACUUCCAGAUCCAGGCCUUCAAUGUGCAGUCGAACAAAUUUGCCUCAGCCAGUGAUUGUGCCACCUUCUUCACCCCAGCCAUCCUCAUGGGCCUGAUCACCUCCCUCAUAUUGCUGCUGGUGCUGGCAUACGCCCUGCACAUGGUAGUGCACCUCAAGCACAUUGACCGCUACGAAGAGCACAAGACCACCGUCUACUUCCCUCGCAGUCCUGAGCCAGAAUGCACAGACAAGAACAGUUUAUAGGAGACCACACCUUACCCCACGUCCCCAUGGAGUGACAGAGACAGUUCAGUAAAUCUCAGAGAAUUACUGUUCGCAGGUUCCUCUGGGCCCCCCAGUGGAAACCACAGGCAGGCCCCAUUUUGGCUGCAAAUGCGACCCCUCCACAAAACGGAGUAAAGCUGCUGGGGGCUGACUGUUCAACUACACUGGCCUCAUUGUGGUCGAGGAGUGAUUGUCUAAGAUGAGCAGAUUCCUACCGGACUCAACACCUCGGCACCAUCAAGUGGAUUUGGAGACUCGCUGAAAUUGAAGGAUACCCCAUCUACCAAAUACACCAUUUUAAAAACACACAUAAAAUGCCCAGGUGGAUCACCAGGCAUUGCAAAUUACAAGGUGAAUAAGAAAGAAAUGCAUUGAAAGGAAAUUCUUAUUAAGUAUUAGCACCCAUGCGUGUAACUUCAGAAUUUGCACUGUUGGUUUAGUCAAAUAAAUACUGGUAGAAACCAGUCGAUGAAGUUUUAUUUUAAUCCUCAUAAUAUACCCUA